AUCCAAGAUGGCGGACCACGAGACUGUUCUUCUGGAGGUAAUAAACACCAAGCACAAAAAGACCGGUGGAACCUUGCGUCUCAUGUCCAAUGAACUGCUUUGGAUACCUUACGGAUCAGAUAAUCCUAAACUGUCAUGUGCAUACUCUGAAAUCAAAGUUCAACGAAUAAGUCCAGAGGGCAGCUCAAAAAUUCAGAUACAGAUUGUUCUCCAUGAUGGAAACUCCUUCACUUUCCAGUUUACAAAUGACUCAGCCGUAAAUGCCAAAAAAGAAAGAGAUGAUGCUAAAGACCUCCUUGCUCAGCUUAUCCCAGUCCAUCGAAAAAAAGCCAAUAAAGAGCUUGAGGAAAAGAACAGAAUGCUGAAAGAUAACCCUGAGUUGUAUCAGCUGUAUAAAGAUCUAGUUGUCAGUGGAGUUAUUACUGCUGAAGAAUUCUGGGCAAAUAGAGCAAAGAAUCAGGACACCCAAGUAGUACAGUCAGACCAGGCUAUUGGUUUGUCUUCGGCAUUGCUUGCAGAUAUGCAACCAGAGAGCUCAGGCUGCAAUGAAGUCAAAUACAAUUUAAAUGUGGAUACUAUAGAGGCCAUAUUCAAGACAUAUCCAGCUGUGAAAAGAAAACACCAGGAAGUUGUUCCUCAUGAGAUGCCAGAGAAAGACUUUUGGACAAAGUUUUUUCAGUCACAUUAUUUCCACCGAGACAGAAAUGCCACAAGGGCAAUGUCAGGUGACAUCUUCACUGAAUGUGCAAAGGAGGAUGAACAGGAGCAAUUGUCAAGGAAACUUGCAACCUUCAAUGAUCCUUUGUUGGACUUAACAGGAGCGUCACCAGUUCCUGAAGAGGGAUAUGGACUAACUGCAGAAGCGGUAGAUCCCAAGAACAACGCAGUAACUCAGUCCUUGUUUAGAAAGCUGAAUCACCACAGUUUAAUGGUGGUACAAGCCACAGCUUCUGGUUCCAGCGUAAACAAAGAAAAGGAGAAAAAUGGAAAGAAUGGCAAAAUGAAUGAAGCAGAUCCCCCUGCUAAAAAGAGUCGUCUCAGAGGAAUGGUGGAAUAUGACGAUUUGUCUGAGCAACAAUCCAGAGAGCUCCCGAGCUUAAAAAUUGCUGACUCGUCAAAGUUUUCGCAAGGUCUCAUACCGGCUAUCCCAAAGGAAAGGGGAUCAGUUCACUCCAAACUCAGUCAUACAGACAUUUCCAAAGCCAUCCAGAGUAACCAAAGGGAGGUUGAAUAUUGGCGACCAAACCUACCCGGGACUCUUCCCAGUGACAUGGCUUGUCACGUCCUUACAGAAAUGUCCCCUGGUGGAUCUUUGAUGAGCACAACUUCUGAGACAAGCAUGCAACAUUUAGUGUCUUCGUCAGUUCAGGCGGAAGUUAAGCUUCAGUACAACUCACUGUCCGAGCUGCUGAGACACUUUUGGUCAUGCUUUCCAAUCAAGACACAAUUCUUGGAGGAAAAGAUGGUUAAAAUGGGCCAAAGCCUUGAAAAGUACAGAGAUGCCAAGCUGCAACAAUUCCGCAAUCAACUUCCCGCCGAAGAGGCUCAUCUGGCCAAUCACUUAGUAGAGAUGCUAGACACUGCGCUUACAAAGUACAGAACGUGGCUGGAAAAGAAGUCAGGUGCUAAGAUCUCUAGUAGCUGACCGUGAAUGCAGGAGACUCGCCGCAAUUCAGCAUUUUGUGAUGCAAGAGUGAAGGGAGGAGAGGGUGGAGUGCGAAUAGGCGGCCUUCUUUCGUACAUUGGUCACCAAAGUGACACUCAAGAUUUUUCCGCCUUGUUCAAGAAAAAAAGCGGAUUGAGUUGUGUCUUUCUCUUUACUGGCAACUUGAGAUAAUUGUUUGCAGAUAAUUAAAGAACUUCGCUUUGUUUAUAUUGGGACAUUCUUUGACAAAAUGUUCCACCUUUUAACGCUGUGACAGUGAAAACCCGAUGUCUGAAUUGGACUUUGAAAGGUGUUUUUCAUCGUUAUUCAACCGAUUACUGUUUUCAUCUGUUUAACAUUUUGAAUAAUGUAAAUAAUUUCUCCAUUUCAAUUCCUUUUUGCUAAAAGUAAAUUAGAGUAAAAGAACUCUAAAGCCACUUCCGUAAAUAGUUGUAUUUUUUGCGUCCGAAAGACAUGAUAAAUUCCAUACUGUAAAUCGUGUGCCUAUUUGUACGUUUGGCAACUGAACAGAGUUCCUCACAUCAUGUGUUUUGGAGUUAAAAGGGGAAAUAAAAAAUGCUCUUAGUUUU